GUUGUUGUUCUUAGUUCGACUUACUUCUGAGUUCAAACCUCUUGAAUCUUGUCUAGUAUAAUAUAGUUUGGUUGAAAUCAAAACAAGGUUUUCCGAUUUGUUAUUUAUAUUUUAAAUUACUAUUUACAUGUUACAACUUACAAGUAACACUUUUCUGUUCUUAUGAAAUGCUUUUCCAGUAAAUUCAAGUUUCACUUGCUUUAUUGUGAACACAUAAUAUGUAACCCCCACGUAUGUUGUGUUUGAUAGAUGAACCGUGAAUUCACUGAGAGAAUCGUCCGUUUGUUAAUGGAAGUGUCUACUUGUUUCGUUUGAAGUGUUUUCAUAACUACUCUAAUUGAGCGUUUUAUAUACUAUUUUGGUGCGACCUUGUGCGAAAAUAUGGUCGAAGAAAAUCGAACAGGUUUUGGACAAGUGGACAUCGUUGAUGAUGACAAUAUGGUCCGAUUGCCGCGGCAGCGUAUUGUCGAUAUGUAUAAAAACGCUAUGUCGCGCGUUCGCGUUUUAGAAGCAAAGGCGAACGAAGGUACUAUUUUCUCAUUGCGAUAUGCGAAAUGCAUAGAAAAAUUACAUUUUCACAUUUUUAUUUACAUACUUUAUACGAAAAAGUGAUAAACAAUCAAUUUACAUUUUACGGUUACUUAUAUAAAAAACAAAUUUAUGAUUUUGUUGUUAUUCGACAUUGACUGCAAAUUAAGCUUUUUCCUUCAGACUGUGGGUAUUUUACCUUUUAAAGCGACAAUAUGUAUUAGGUGUAACCUUUUGUGUGACAAGAGAGAGCGAACAGACCAAGAAUUUCGCAAAUUAGUUUUACGUGAAAAAUGUUUGCUAAGAAAAUUGACUAUUAAAGAACAAGAAAUACAAGAUUAUGCUGCACAAUUGUCAGCCAUGCGAAAUUCUAUUCAAAACAAUUCAUUAUCUUCACUCAAAUGUUCACUACAAGAUCCGGCAGUAAACCUUUUAAUUCAAAAAUUACGACAAGACCUUUGUGCUACAAAAAUUAGAUUAGAAGAAACCCAGAGAGAACUGAAUGCCUGGAAAUUUACACCAGAUAGUAAUACUGGAAAGAGAUUGAUGGCGAAAUGUCGUUUGCUGUAUCAAGAAAAUGAAGAACUUGGAAAAGUAGUAAAUAGUGGCCGAGUAGCUAAACUUGAAGGUGAAUUAGCGUUGCAGAAAAACUUUGGUGAAGAAGUUAAAAAAUCACAAUCAGAAUUGGAUGAAUUUUUACAAGACUUAGAUGAAGAUGUAGAAGGAAUGCAGAGUACUAUAUACUUCCUACAGAAUGAACUUCAAAAAUGUAAAGCUUCUGUUCAAAAUACUAACAAUACCGAAAACAAAGAAACUAAUCUAAAAUCUAUUGUUAACGGUAUUAAAACAAUUGAUGUUACUACAACAGAAAUAUCUCCAAAAUCAAAAACUGAUGUACCAACUCAAUUGGUCAAAACUAAACCUGAUAAAAAGUCAAGUAAACACAGCAAACCAAAAGAUACUAAGCAAUCAAGUGACAAAAGUAAUAAGCCCAAAGUAAAAAAAAUACAACCAGCAGUAGCAGAAGGUACAGAUCAAAGUGGGCUACCUCCUAAGAUACAUAAAAGCAAACACAAAUCAGAUGGAAGUAAAAAUGAAGAUAAAAGAAAAAAGUCUGAAAAAAGGCCCCAUAGCAAAGGCGAAGUAGUUCAUAAAAAGUCUAAAAGUGAGCUUCCCAAAAGUACUGAAGUUAAGACUCCCGUUGAAGUAGUUAAUGGACUACCUAAUGGUUCAUAAAUAUUGUUAUUUUAAUGUUAUUUUUCUUUUAUCAAUGUUGAAUUGUUGGUAGAAAAUAUCUAUUGAAUUAUUUUUCAACGUUAUUUUUUUAUGUUUAGGUUUGAAUAAAUAAUUUUAAAAACGAUAUUCUUAUUGAAAUAUAACAUAAGAAUUUUUAUACUUAAAUAUUUAGAACAACAUUUUACAUUUUGACUGUACCUAACUAUUUAAGACUUAAAAAUAUGUGAUUACUUAUUCAAUACAACCUUAAUUAAAGCACCGAGUUAUUGUUAAUGGCUUAAAAUAAAUGAAGGUAUAAAAAAA